CAAUGCAUCAUUGUAGUGAGGAAGUAGCGCAGCCAACAUGGCGGGUGUUGUCAUGCAGUAGCUUCUGAGCUGUUGGUGACAUUUAAUGCUAGUUUCUAAUUAACCAGCGGCACAAUGUCUUUUAAACGAGAAGGCGACGACGGCAGCCAGUUGAAUAUCCUGAAGAAACGGCGUGUUGCAGAUCUUCUGUCUAAUUUCAUACCUGAAGAUGAAGCGGUUCUCAUGAAGAAUGGGAGAUACAGCUGCCUGGUGUGCUCCUACCGGCCCGUGUUUGACACUGUUGAAAUGCUGACGGUCCACAGGAAAGGGAAGAGACACCUGGAAGGGUUAAAGAGGUUUUAUGGCAAGAAAACACAGUUGAAGAAUGAAAUUACAAAAAGGCAGCAUGAAAACUAUGUCCAGGCUGAAGAUGGCAGACAGGAGCCGCCCGGUUCAGCUCCUUUACUGGCACGGACGCGAAAGCUGACCCAUCAUGCUUUGCUGAGGACUGUGCCGUACAACAGCUGUCACAGGACGACCAGCACAAAGUCUGAAAAAGGAGGAGCCAGCACCGCCGAGCAGAACGACAGCUCCUCCAAAACAACGCCACCUGAACAACAAACAGCGUGCGGGGAAACCACAGAUGCAGACGAAUUACCGUCAAGUAGUUCCAGAGGCUGCACAGCAGCAAAUCAAGAGUCACAUGCAUCCAAAAAGGGGCGUCGGGCGGCGGCGGCGGCGGCGGUGCAGGAGCCGGAGCCUCUGACGGCUCAGAGGAGGAGAGAGCUGGAGCACUACCUAAAACUGAAGAGUGACGGCUGGCUGCAGGACAGGAGCGGCCGGUGGGUUAAAGACGAGAAUGUGGAGUUUGACUCAGACGAGGAGGAGCCGCCUGCCCCCCCCACCGACUGACUGAGAGACAACUGUGAAACAACAUCGACCACAACGGCACCGGCAGAGACCACAGUGUUGUUUUUCGAGCAGAAGGACUCUCCUUAUCAGGCUUGUGCCAUCCAUCAGCCCUCCUCCGCAGACAUCACAUGCUUUUCUUGUGCUGCUCCUCCAAACCCUGUGUAAUCAAAGCACUGAUGGCUCUUUUCCACAUUUCAACUGGAUCCUUUUCAGUGGCCUCCAAGUGAGCAGCGAACAUCACUUACUGUUCACAGUCGCAUUAAAGUCACAGUAAAACGAAAUUAAAUGACUUUCAUACCUUGUUAGAUAAUAAUCCAUAUCAAAAUGUAUGUCUGCUUAAUAAUAAAUGGCAAAAAAAUCUAUUUUUAUAUCAAAAUCCCAUUAGUUCCUGUGGAAAAGGCAGAAUUGCAGUUGUUUCAUGGAACACCAGUGAAUGUACAUUAACUUUUCUAACAAAUAAUACAUCACAUGUUUUUGAACACUGCGUUUUUGGGUGUCCGCCCUUAGAAAGUGUGUCUUUUCCCCAGUACACCCAACAUGGCGGCUGGAAUUGAUUCAUUUAAUAAAACCCAGUGUUUGUGACGACUCAGGAUAAACAUGCCGAACGUUUCACAAGUCCUGUGUUUGUUGUGCCUUUGAUCGGUUCCCUAACAUUUAAAGUUAUCACCUCAACUUCCUGUUUCACCUGGAAAUCCGUCGGAUCACGGACACCAUCGAAACCUUCCUUGAGAUUUUCGCUGUGCACGCCUCGCCGGCACCAACCUGAGCUCCUCAUCCGUCCUUCGGGGGCAGAAUCGCUGCACACGAAGCCAAAUCCACACCCGACUUCUCACUUGAACGUCGCUCGUGUGACCUAUAGAGAGGAUGAGACUAUUUCCAUCCUCCUUUUGUUGUCUCGCUCAGCCCGUUCGUUCCAUAUGAUUCCACCACGUGCCUCCGUUUAGGACUAAGCCCCCACCAGCUUAGCCAUAAAUCAGCAGCAGAUAGGGCGAUAUUGGUGCUAAUCUGGGUAGUGAAGCCACCGGUUAGCAUUCUUCACAGGGUUUUCAUUCAUUGCCCCUCCCAGCACAGUUGGUAUAAAUUGGAUAACACCGUCAGGGUUAGUGAGAGGGAGCGAAGGGACUUAACAUGGGUUAGUUUUUGAUGACAAUGCUAAUGUGUGUCAAAAGCGGACUCCAUCUUUAUUUCAGGGCUCAGUGCACAAACCUAAUAUCGACGAGUGAUCAUGAACCUUCGAGUGAGAUGGAGAGUUUCCAAUAAAGAAAUUAUUAAUGUAAUAUUUGCUGUAGAAGGAGUAAAUCAGUUAAUUCAGCGGCGAUUGAAGUCUGAUGACCUUUAACACAACGUAUGCCCUUUUAUUGUUCACCACACUGACACCAUCCUUUCAGAUUAAUAAACGGGACUACUGUAUUGUCAAUAUAAUGUUUCU